GCCCGGCGGGGCGGGGGCGGGGGCGCGCAGUCCUGGUCGGCCGGGCCCCGGGCGCCGCAGCCAUGGCGGAACGCAGAGCCUUCGCGCAGAAGAUCAGCAGGACGGUGGCAGCCGAAGUGAGGAAGCAGAUCUCGGGCCAGUACAGUGGCUCGCCCCAGCUUCUCAAGAACCUCAGCCUCGUGGGCGGCGUCUCCCAUCAUGCCAGCGUUCCCCUUAGCGAAGCUGUGGACCCGGUGGAUUUGGAAGAUUACUUAAUCACACACCCCCUGGCUGUGGAGUCUGGGCCUCUGAGGGACUUGCUUGAAUUUCCCCCAGAUGACAUUGAAGUUGUUUAUAAUCCCAGGGACUGUCGAACCCUUGUGUCGGCUGUACCUGAAGAAAGUGAAAUGGACCCUCAUGUUAGAGACUGCGUGAGGAGCUACACUGAAGACUGGGCCAUUGUGAACAGAAAGUACCACAAACUGGGAACCGGCUUUAAUCCUAACACAUUAGACAAACAAAAAGAAAGGCAAAAAGGUUUGCCCAAACAGAUCUUUGAGUCCGAUGAAGCUCCUGAUGGGAACAGCUACCAGGAUGAACAAGAUGACCUUAAAAGACGGUCUGUGUCAAUCGAUGACACCCCCCGGGGCAGCUGGGCCUGCAGCAUCUUUGACUUGAAGAAUUCCCUGCCCGAUGCACUGCUCCCCAGUCUUCUUGAUCGGACUCCAAAUGAAGACAUUGACCAUCAGAAUGAUGACCAAAGAAAAUCCAACCGUCAUAAAGAGCUGUUUGCUUUGCACCCGGCACCAGAUGAGGAAGAGCCCAUAGAACGACUCAGUAUUCCUGAAAUACCCAAAGAACAUUUUGGUCAAAGACUUCUUGUAAAAUGCUUGUCCCUCAAAUUUGAAAUUGAAAUUGAACCCAUUUUUGCAAGUUUGGCUUUAUAUGAUGUCAAGGAAAAGAAAAAGAUUUCAGAGAAUUUUUAUUUUGACCUUAACUCUGAGCAAAUGAAAGGCAUGCUGCGUCCCCAUGUGCCUCCUGCUGCCAUCACCACCUUGGCAAGAUCUGCCAUUUUUUCUAUAACUUAUCCAUCUCAAGAUGUAUUUCUUGUAAUAAAGCUAGAAAAAGUUCUACAGCAAGGGGACAUUGGAGAGUGUGCAGAGCCAUACAUGAUUUUCAAAGAAGCAGAUGCUACUAAGAACAAGGAGAAGCUGGAGAAGCUGAGGAGCCAGGCUGAACAGUUUUGUCAGAGACUGGGCAAGUACCGCAUGCCGUUUGCUUGGACGGCCAUCCACCUGAUGAACAUCGUCAGCAGCGCCGGGAGUUUAGAGAGAGAUUCCUCCGACGUAGAGAUCAGUACUGGAGAACGCAAAGGAUCAUGGUCUGAGAGAAGAAAUUCCAGUGUGGUUGGCAGACGAUCCCUAGAAAGAACCACAAGCGGGGAUGAAGCUUGUAGUCUUACCACCUUUCGGCCAGCAACCCUCACAGUGACAAACUUUUUUAAGCAGGAAGGAGAUCGCUUAAGUGAUGAGGAUCUCUAUAAGUUUCUUGCUGAUAUGAGAAGGCCAUCUUCUGUCUUACGGCGAUUAAGACCCAUUACAGCUCAACUGAAGAUUGACAUUUCACCUGCACCAGAGAAUCCCCAUUACUGCCUAACCCCUGAAUUGCUGCAAGUCAAACUCUACCCUGACAGUAGAGUUAGACCUACUAGGGAAAUCCUGGAAUUUCCUGCCAGGGAUGUGUAUGUCCCGAACACUACUUACAGGAAUCUCCUCUACGUGUACCCUCAAAGCCUCAAUUUUGCCAACCGGCAAGGUUCUGCCAGAAACAUUACUGUGAAAGUCCAGUUCAUGUAUGGAGAGGAUCCAAGCAAUGCUAUGCCGGUGAUCUUUGGCAAAUCCAGCUGUUCAGAAUUUUCAAAGGAAGCCUACACAGCUGUAGUGUAUCACAACAGAUCCCCAGAUUUCCAUGAAGAAAUUAAAGUUAAACUUCCUGCCACCUUAACUGACCACCACCAUCUGCUUUUUACUUUCUAUCACGUGAGCUGUCAGCAGAAACAAAAUACCCCGCUUGAGACGCCCGUCGGCUAUACAUGGAUCCCGAUGCUUCAGAAUGGACGGUUGAAGACUGGUCAGUUUUGCUUGCCCGUCUCCUUGGAAAAGCCACCCCAGGCCUACUCAGUGCUCUCUCCUGAGGUGCCUCUUCCCGGCAUGAAGUGGGUGGAUAAUCACAAGGGAGUAUUUAACGUGGAAGUUGUGGCUGUGUCUUCGAUCCACACUCAGGAUCCUUAUUUGGACAAGUUCUUCGCUCUGGUUAAUGCUCUGGAUGAGCACAUGUUCCCAGUGCGGAUAGGAGACAUGAGGAUCAUGGAAAAUAACUUGGAAAAUGAAUUGAAAAGCAGUAUUUCAGCGCUGAAUUCAUCUCAGCUGGAGCCAGUGGUGCGAUUUCUUCACCUCCUGCUUGACAAACUGAUACUUCUUGUUGUGCGACCGCCCGUCAUCGCUGGCCAGAUAGUGAACCUCGGACAGGCGUCUUUUGAAGCCAUGGCUUCCAUUGUUAAUCGACUGCACAAAAACCUGGAAGGGAACCAGGACCAGCACGGCCGGAACAGCCUUCUGACUUCGUACAUUUAUUACGUGUUUCGCCUGCCCAAUACCUACCCCAACUCCCCGUCACCAGGCCCUGGGGGUUUGGGAGGGUCCGUGCACUAUGCCACAAUGGCUCGAUCGGCCGUGAGACCAGCCAGCCUUCACUUAAAUCGCUCCCGGAGCCUCAGCAACAGCAAUCCCGAUAUAUGUGGAACCCCUACAUCUCCCGACGAUGAAGUACGCUCAAUCAUUGGCAGCAAGGGCUUAGACCGCUCCAAUUCCUGGGUUAACACUGGUGGUCCAAAGGCUGCCCCAUGGGGAUCCAACCCCAGUCCAAGUGCAGAGUCAACACAGGCGAUGGAUCGGAGUUGUAAUCGCAUGUCUUCGCACACAGAGACGUCAAGUUUCUUACAAACAUUAACGGGACGUUUACCAACUAAAAAGCUUUUCCAUGAGGAGCUGGCUUUGCAGUGGGUAGUCUGCAGCGGCAGCGUGCGGGAGGCGGCUCUGCAGCAGGCCUGGUUCUUCUUCGAGCUGAUGGUGAAAAGCAUGGUGCACCAUUUAUAUUUUACGGAUAAACUCGAGGCGCCACGCAAGAGCCGCUUCCCAGAGCGCUUCAUGGACGACAUCGCGGCUCUGGUCAGCACCAUCGCGGGUGACAUCGUGGGUCGCUUUCAGAAGGACACGGAAAUGGUGGAACGGCUCAACAUGAGUCUCGCUUUCUUCCUCAACGAUCUCUUGUCAGUCAUGGACCGAGGAUUCGUGUUUAGCCUCAUCAAGGCCUGCUACAAACAGGUGUCUUCGAAGCUCUACUCGCUCCCAAACCCGAGCCUCCUUGUGUCCUUGAGGCUGGACUUCCUGAGGGUCAUUUGCAGUCACGAACAUUACGUCACCCUCAACCUGCCCUGCAGCUUGCUCACGCCACCAGCCUCGCCAUCCCCAUCUGUAUCUUCGGCAACAUCUCAGAGCUCUGGAUUUUCCACCAACGUCCAAGACCAGAAGACGGCAAACAUGUUUGAGCUGUCUCUGCCCUUUCGCCAGCAGCAUUACCUGGCAGGACUCGUGUUGACUGAGCUGGCCAUCAUUUUAGACCCUGAUGCAGAUGGUUUGUUUGGAUUGCAUAAGAAGGUCAUCAACAUGGUACACAAUUUAUUGUCCAGUCAUGAUUCCGACCCACGGUACUCUGACCCUCAGGUAAAGGCUCGGGUGGCCAUGCUCUAUCUCCCUUUGAUCGGCAUCAUCAUGGAAACUGUGCCUCAGCUGUAUGAUUUUACAGAAACGCACAAUCAGCGAGGACGGCCCAGCUGUGUGGCGAUCGAGGAUUAUGAAAGUGAGGGCGGAAAUAUGAUAAGCCAGACGGUGGCCAUGGCGAUCGCAGGCGCCCCGGUGCCCCAGCUUGCAAGACCCAGCAGCUUUCUGCUCACUUCAUCGACCGGCCGCCAGCACUCCAUGUUCUCGGCGGAAUCGAGCCGCAGCCUCCUGAUCUGCCUCCUGUGGGUCCUCAAGAAUGCGGACGAGACGGUCCUGCAGAAGUGGUUCACGGACCUGUCCGUGCUGCAGCUCAACCGGCUGCUGGACCUGCUCUACCUCUGCGUGUCCUGCUUCGAGUACAAAGGGAAGAAAGUCUUUGAAAGGAUGAAUAGUUUGACCUUUAAGAAAUCGAAGGACAUGAGAGCCAAACUCGAAGAGGCCAUCCUCGGAAGCAUCGGAGCCAGGCAAGAAAUGGUGCGCCGGAGCCGUGGGCAGCUGGAGAGAAGCCCAUCGGGAAGCGCCUUUGGAAGCCAAGAAAACCUGCGGUGGAGAAAGGACAUGACCCACUGGCGCCAGAACACGGAGAAACUGGACAAGUCGCGGGCGGAGAUCGAACACGAAGCCCUUAUUGAUGGAAACCUGGCCACCGAGGCCAACCUGAUCAUCCUGGAUACGCUGGAGAUCAUCGUGCAGACCGUGUCCCUGGCGGAGUCCAAGGAGAGCAUCCUGGGCGGGGUGCUCAAGGUGCUCCUGCACAGCAUGGCCUGCCACCAGAGUGCCCUCUACCUGCAGCACUGCUUUGCCACGCAGCGGGCGCUGGUCUCCAAGUUCCCCGAGCUGCUCUUUGAGGAGGAGACGGAGCAGUGCGCCGACCUCUGCCUGCGCCUCCUGCGCCACUGCAGCAGCAGCGUCAGCUCCAUCCGCUCCCACGCCAGCGCCUCCCUUUACCUCCUGAUGAGGCAGAACUUCGAGAUUGGCAACAACUUUGCCCGCGUCAAGAUGCAGGUGACCAUGUCGCUCUCGUCGCUGGUGGGCACCUCGCAGAGCUUCAACGAGGAGUUCCUGCGCCGCUCCCUGAAGACCAUCCUGACCUAUGCCGAGGAGGACCUGGAGCUGCGGGAGACCACGUUCCCGGACCAGGUGCAGGACCUUGUCUUCAACCUCCACAUGAUCCUCUCUGACACGGUGAAGAUGAAGGAGCACCAGGAGGACCCCGAGAUGCUCAUCGACCUCAUGUACAGGAUCGCCAAGGGCUACCAGACGUCUCCGGACCUGCGCCUGACCUGGCUGCAGAACAUGGCCGGCAAGCACUCGGAGAGGAGCAACCAUGCCGAGGCCGCCCAGUGCUUGGUGCACUCGGCCGCGCUGGUGGCCGAGUACCUGAGCAUGCUGGAGGACCGGAAGUACCUGCCCGUGGGAUGCGUGACCUUCCAGAACAUCUCGUCCAACGUCCUGGAGGAGUCGGCCGUGUCGGACGACGUCGUGUCCCCCGACGAAGAAGGCAUCUGCUCGGGAAAGUACUUCACAGAGGCCGGGCUGGUGGGGCUGCUGGAGCAGGCGGCGGCCUCCUUCUCCAUGGCCGGCAUGUAUGAAGCGGUUAAUGAAGUUUACAAAGUGCUCAUUCCCAUUCAUGAAGCGAACCGGGACGCCAAGAAGCUGUCCAUCAUUCAUGGUAAACUCCAAGAGGCGUUCAGCAAAAUCGUUCAUCAGAGCACGGGCUGGGAGCGGAUGUUCGGGACCUAUUUUCGUGUGGGUUUUUAUGGGACCAAGUUCGGGGACUUGGAUGAGCAGGAGUUCGUGUAUAAGGAGCCUGCGAUAACCAAACUUGCCGAGAUCUCGCACCGACUGGAGGGGUUUUACGGAGAAAGAUUUGGAGAGGAUGUAGUUGAAGUAAUCAAAGACUCUAACCCUGUGGACAAGUGCAAAUUAGACCCUAAUAAGGCAUACAUCCAGAUCACCUACGUGGAGCCCUACUUUGACACUUAUGAGAUGAAGGACAGGAUCACCUACUUUGACAAAAACUACAACCUGCGCCGCUUCAUGUACUGCACGCCCUUCACCUUAGAUGGCCGGGCCCACGGCGAGCUCCACGAGCAGUUCAAGCGGAAGACCAUCCUCACAACGUCACACGCCUUUCCCUACAUUAAGACCAGGAUCAACGUCAUCCACAAGGAGGAGAUCAUAUUGACCCCCAUUGAAGUUGCCAUUGAAGACAUGCAAAAAAAGACCCAGGAGCUGGCAUUUGCCACCCACCAGGACCCGGCAGACCCCAAGAUGCUUCAGAUGGUCCUCCAAGGGUCCGUGGGCACAACAGUGAACCAGGGACCACUGGAAGUCGCCCAGGUGUUCCUGUCGGAGAUACCCCAUGACCCCAAGCUCUUCAGACACCACAACAAGCUGCGUCUGUGCUUCAAGGACUUUACCAAAAGGUGUGAGGAUGCCUUAAGGAAAAACAAGAGCUUGAUCGGGCCGGACCAGAAGGAGUACCAGCGGGAGCUGGAGAGGAACUACCACCGGCUCAAGGAGGCCCUGCAGCCGCUCAUCAGCAGGAAGAUCCCUCAGCUGUACAAGGCCCUGCUGCCCAGCGCCGGCCACAGAGAUUCCUUCAGCAGGAUGAGUCUUCGCAAAGUGGACCUCUAGGAGCACGAGCACCUGCCCCGUCAGCUGCAGGCGGUAGAGCCGGACGUGGCCGUGUCCACACUGAGAAUCGCACGGAGACUCCAGGCCCGGGACCUCGUUUUGGACAGAUGCCUCCGGUCCCUCCUGGGGAAGAGUUCAGGGCCCAGAAUGCGCCUCCCUUGUCCAAUGUAGACUGUUACUGCAUAAGAAUCAUGGCUGUGGCUUUCCAGCGUCCUGGGGAGGUGCUGGGAGCUUUUUCAAAGCCAUUUCUGUGAUUCCAAGGUACACUAAAUACAUUUACUAUUAUUUAUAGCCUACCUAAUGUUAAAUUUAUUUACAUCCAGUUCAUAGAUUUAAUUUAUAUUAGCUUUUCCAGAUGCAUUUUUGAACCAUUUUAAUGUAGUAAUGUUUAUUUUAAAGGUACUUAUUAAAUAUGUGGAUGUUUUCACUUAUUUUAUUCCCGUGUGAACGUUCCCAUCUGUUGGUGGGGGCAGAGGCUGCUGGGAAGCCAGUCAAGAGCUGUUGCUCCCAAAUUACUGAAGUGAAGGUCCCGCCCAAUGCCCACGGAGGGCCAAACGCUGGAGACGGACGGCUGGAGCUUAUUAAAUUGUCAGAUGGAGGAAGUGAGGGGAGGUGACCCGCCGUCACCCACGGGCCGCUCGCCCAAGGCAAGGGCUUGAAGGCAGAAUCCUGGGGCUUCCCUUCCCAGCCAUGGGACGGAGCCCUCGAGCCCUGGGAGAGAGGGUCCAAAGCCUCUUCUGGUCGGUCCUCGGGCUUCGGGGACAAACCGUGAGGCGGCUGGGCUCGUUCAGAAUCUGCCUGAAGAAGAACACUCCUCUGGGCAUGCUGGCCUUGGGGACGGUGCUCCAGGGAGGGACCGGGUGCUCCCCAAGCCCAGUAGGCGGGCCACUGGAAGUGAUGUGUGGGUCCUCAGCCCUCCUGCAGGGGAGAAACCCCGGGGAGUCUGCCCCGAGAACACACAGGGGCCCCGAUGGCGUUUUGGAUCUUGUCUCGCCCCUGUGAAUGACGAUGUCCGUUGGGCUGGGGAAGCUCUUCCUUGGGUCUGGAAGUGAGCAAGUCUCAGCCAUGUGACCGCUUUCUGCCAGGGACCCCCAGCAAGGAGCCAGAUUCUACAGCAACGUCCAGGGGACAGAACCAUUUGGGCCUGGGACUCUGUGGUGGCCGGUCCGACUGACACAGAGGAGAGAGCAGCUUCCAGGCUGGCUUGGCCGUGGAUGCAGCCCAAGGCUGGCACCGAUGGACACCCCAGAAAGAGCCUCACCCGUCCCCUCCCGGGGCUCUGGCCUGUCAGCAUCAUCCAGGCCUGGGCUUGGGGAGAAGAGAGGAAGCAAGCAAAGCGGGGCCCAGAGGGGGAGGAAGGUGGUGAUGGUGAUGAUGAAGGUGGUGAUGAAGAUGAUGGUGAUGGUGGUGAUGGAGAUGGAGAUGGAGAUGGAGAAGACAGUGGUCACCAGCAGCCAACAUUGCUGAGCUGCUUGCUGUCGGCCAGCACUGAGCUGAGCUGUGUGCAGUUCCUCUUCACGAGCACUGAGGAAGGUGCUGCUUUACCCAUUUUACAGAUGAGGAAGCUGAGGCAGAAGUGAAUGCCCUUCCUUGCUCGGGGGCACCUGAGGCUGGAUUCUAACUCGGAUCUUGCCGCCUGCAGGCCCGACCCUCCCUCCGCUGCCCCACCAGCUGCCUUUGGUAACUCAGGGCAGGUGAGGGGCUGCCAUAGGGUCCGGGUGGAAACCCCUCUGCUGGCAGCUGGAGGGAAGGAGGCCCCAGGACAGGGUCCGAGCUUCCCCAGGCCAGGGUCCCUCACUGCCGCUGAGAACCAGUGGUUGUAAUGGAGAAGUGGGGGCACCCAUCCCCCUUGAGCCUUCCUUCCCUGAGCUGCAGCUUCCCGUGGGUCUGUUCCUCUCAGGUCCAGUUGGCUCUCGGGCCAUCUCUAAGCUGGUCUGAGUGGAAGCUCUUCUCGGACGUCCCCCACCUCCCCACAGUCCGUAUUCCCCAAGAUUGGGCCAGCUGCGCUUUUAACCUACCACAGAGAAGCCCCCGCGGCACCCCUCCGGCACGCUGCAAGUGCAGCCCCCACCACGGGUGAAGGUGGCCUUGGGCACUCAGACCGUCCUUUGGGAUCACGGCAUUCGAGCCCGGAGUUGCCACGGGAACAGUCCAGGCCUCUGAGGUCCCUUUGGACUCUUACCUUGUGGGCCCUGCCUCAAGGGAAAAUGACCCCCACCCGCCCCCAGCCCAGCUGGGCCCUUCCCAGUUAUUAUUGAACAAAUGCCAAGGUCUUGGAACACUUCCCAUUUAUCGGGCUCUUUUACUAGGCAGUCUCAGUAUCACAAAAGCCAAGCACCCGGCCGGGGAGGUGCAUCCGGAGGGAUGCCUGGGUCCGGACAGGCUCAGCUGGCCAGAAGCAUCUGAUGGGAUCCAUGGGCCCGAACAAAAGCUGGCUUUGUCUGGGAGGGGGAGGGGGGGGGGGAAGAUAAAAUUUGGCCAGAGGUAGAGGGGGUGACAUCUGGGGGAUCAAGCUCAGUGCCCCUGCCCUAGAUCAGAACCGCUGAAGUGAGGGCCAGGCCUCUAGGGUCCUCCUUUGGGGGAAGCAGUGACCUCACAGAAACUGUUUCACCCUAUUCUCACGUGUAAAACUAUCUGAUUAAUCCUUUAAUCAUGUUUUUCUUAACACAGGAAGACUCAAUUCCCCACUUUUUCUUUGCAUGUUAAUAUAUUCCCCCUGAAAUUGUA